AUGGAUUGUUUUCGACUGAAAGCGAUUGAUCCAAAUGAAGACACCGAGUGGAAUGAUGUGCUCCGCGCCAAGGGAAUCAUUGGGCCCAAGGCGAAGGAGGCGGAGAUCACGGAGGAUCAGAUCCAGAAGCUGAUGGACGAUGCCAUCCAGCGGCGCACCGAUCUUCCGCUGAACGAGGGCCAGCGGGACAAGCCCAUAGACGACAUGUCGCUGGACGAGCUCGACGAACUGGAGGACUCCGAGGAUGAGGCUGUGCUGGAGCAAUAUCGCCAGCGGCGCAUCGCCGAGAUGAGGGCCACGGCGGAGAAGGCAAGAUUUGGGUCUGUAAGGGAAAUCUCCGGACAGGAUUAUGUCAACGAGGUCACGAAGGCCGGCGAAGGCAUCUGGGUGGUCCUCCAUCUGUACGCCAACGGUGUCCCGCUCUGCGCCUUGAUCCACCAUCACAUGCAGCAGCUGGCCGUCCGCUUCCCGCAGACCAAGUUCGUGCGCUCCGUGGCCACCACCUGCAUACCAAACUUCCCCGAGAAGAACCUGCCCACCAUCUUCAUCUACCACGAGGGAGCGCUGCGCAAGCAGUAUAUCGGUCCGCUGGAGCUGCGCGGCGAGAAGCUGACCGUCCAGGAGCUGGAGUUCAUGCUGGGCCAGGCGGGAGCAGUGCCCACCGAGAUCACCGAGGAUCCGCGGCCGCAGAUCAGGGACAAGAUGCUGGCCGAUCUGGAGGAUAAGAGCGCGGACUUCUACUGAGUCGUAGCCAAAUCAUAACCCUCAUCCAACUUCCUGAUCUUUGGGUUGGGGCAAUAUCUUAAGAAUGAG